UGCGGCAUUACAGCAUCACGGUUGCGCAGCAUCCCCCGCGCGCGCACGCACCCACACGCGGAGACAGAGAGAUGUGAGAGCUUGAGUGAAGUUAUGAGCUGAUCGUCAUGUUUCCCGGUGUCGUCUAUGCGCUGCUGGCCGGGUUUCUCGGCGCCGUGGCGAGCUCGUCCGCGAAACUGUCUCUCGGAACCGAUUAUCUGAAGGGCGUGUGUGAGACGGGUCUGAGGACGUGGGGAGAGCAGAGGAGAUUCACGCAAGACAACGAAACCACAGCCUGUGACUGGUUACACAUUCCACUCAGACUGCUGUGUGGUGGUCUGUUGUUCACCUGUAAUGCUGUGAUGUGGACGUUCCUGGCGAAGGCUCUCCGUAGCUCGUGUUCAUCUACUUACACCACUGUGACCACAACGGCAUCCAACUUCAUCUCCUCUGCAUUUCUGGGGCAGCUAAUAUUUGGAGAGAGCCACAUUGCUCUGUGGUGGGUGGGCAUUUCAUUGACUCUCUCCGGUCUUCUGGUGCUACAUCACACUUCACCGCACCUCACACAAUCGCACGGCAACAAGAGAGACGAUUGACGACAGCACACGCACAUGCGACACAUGCCUGUAGAGGAACACUUGUGAUGGAUCUGGGUUUAUAAACAUAUCAGAAAUCACUCCUGGUGAAAGUAGCACUCAUAAUAACGAAACGAUAUUCUUUAGAUUUAGCUUCAUGGAGACACAUUGAGGUUUUUAAAUUGUUUGCUUCACUGCACCAAAGUUUCUGAGGCUCGGUUUGAAAUGUUCCGGAUCUCACAUGUAAAAAAUCUCAUCUCAUGCCAAAGAUGAAUAUAUUGAAAUGGUGCAUUAUGAAUCGAUGUCGGUGUUAGAGAUUAAACUCAUUUGUGGCACAUUUCAACCCAACAUCAAAAGAAGAAAUUAAAAAAUUAUAUUUUGCGUAAAAAUGAAGACUAUUGAGAACUGUUGCACUGUUACAUCGUUUUCAUAAAAAUGUCCGACAACAACGACCAAAUUCCCAUUAAAACCAUGCGAAAAUGAUCUUGUUCUAAAACAUUUGGAUGUUUUACUUUUAAUGUGCUUCAUGGUCCUUUAAAUGUGCAAGAAAAGCAAUAUUAAUCAAAGUGUUUAACAUAGAAACCACAAAAGCCACCGUUUAACCAUAUAUAGACCAAUUUUCCAAAUGUAAAUGCUUAUCAAUCUGCUAAAAAACAUGGUUACUACACUUUUACUAGAGUAAAACCAUGCUUUUCCUAAAGGUUCUCCCUAAACCAAGUCAUUCAAUUGAUAAAACAUUACAAAAGUAAUACAAUUCACAACUCUAGUGUGCAUAUCCAGUUUAAGUGGAAGGCAGCUGAACGUUUAGUCUGUUGUAAUUUCUCAUCACCUUCAAGCAGCAAUCGGAGAGCAUCUCAGAUGCAUGAAACACGACGUCUGCUGCAUGUACACUCAUGAGCUCGAAUUUUUUCAACACUGUGAUCUGUGAAUGUGGAGGAUAACAGCGCAAUAAUAGCAAGAAACCUCUGGGAGUGCUGGACUAGAACAUGAGGAGAUGAUUUUUUCACACAUAUCUUUUGCAUCAUCUGAUGAUGUGACAUGAGACACUUUCUGUAGCUGUAUGAAUGAACACAAACCAACAGAAAGCUCUUCUUCAGUCUCUUAUACAGACCGCCCUCUCCUGCGAUAUAUGAAAAAUCUGGUCAAAGCCAAUUUAAAGUCAACAUUUACAUCUGUAAUAGACACGUGCUGUAGAAACAAUGUGGAUCAUACCAGUACGGAGGCGAGAAGAUGAAACGAGGAGGCGGAAAGAGGCAAAGCUAGUUCUUACAUUUUUCAUCAAAGAUUAUAAGACAAACGUUAUUUUAUCAUCACAAAUGAAAGAAAAAUCACAGAUGAUAAAUGAUUCGUCUCUAUGAUUCCUCCUAGACAUCGACAAGACGAAACGGAGAGCCGAUGUAUUUCUCAUCUGUGUCUUAGAUAUCUCUCCUGAGGAAAGGAGGAAUGAUAGAGUUUCAGAAGAGACUCAAACAUGUCUCAUCAAAUUGACUCAAAUCCAGAUUAUUUGACCAAAUCCAUUCAUUUACACCUCCAGACUCUUCAUGUGUUUCAACAAUUAUUCUCGUUUUAUUUUUCCUGAGCAAAUUCUGAGCAAUAGGACAUUCUUCGGGAAUCAUAUCGGGAUCAUGUUGACUUUAAAGUGGUUGGACGGGGUUUCUCCAUCUGAGCUUGGACCAGCCAGAAGCUAGAAUUUAAAAUGGUUUCACUGGUUUUCCAGGCGCGAUAAAGUUUUACUUCCUGUGAAUUUCUUUGUUCUUCCUGUGUGCCGGGUCUCCACUGGAGUCACUACUCUAUAGUUGCAUGAGACUCACAGAGCAGCUUAAUGUCAGAUCUUAUCAAGUAAAUGGACUGAAUGCAUUUCGUGCUGCACAUGGAAGUCUAGACUGAAACACACUUUCCUCAUCCGACGGAACAUGAUGAAGUCCCUGGCAAUGUGACGUUUCUCUGUGUUUAAUGUUGACCACAUUCAUUCACCUUAAUGUGUUUUAUUAUCAUUAACACAUCCGAGUUGCAGUUCUCAUGAGGGUUAUCUGACCAUGAAAUGCUGUUAUCGUUUAUAAUUUAUAUAAAUGACUUAUAUAAUAAUGUCGUGUUUAAUAAAGCAAACAAACAAAUGUCGGGGUUAAUGUGAUCAUCAAAUGAUUCAUUAAUCAGGUGUCUGUUUCUAAACACUGUGUGAUUACUGUACUGUGUUAAACUGUAUUUCACAUGUAUACAGGUUUAGGAUUUUUCCUUUUUUUUCAAUUAAAUGUCUAAACAAAUAACUCUGUAAAGUCACCGUAAUGAAAUUAUACUACAGUAGCAAUCCAUUAAAGUUUACAUAGAGAAACAUCA